AUGUUAGCGCUUGAAGGCUGUGAUCAACCACAAUUUGCCGCCACGGGCAGAAUAAUUCCGUUGAUGGAUAAUGAUGUUACAGCUUUUCGUCCCUUGUCGCGAUGCAUGAUCAUCUAUAUAACGAUCCAAAAAUGCUGCAAUAUACCCUCAGAGGCUCACUCCUUGGUGGCUUUUUCUGGUUUCAAGUUCUUUCUCCGGACGCGGGCGGGUCUACAAAGCGCUAGCUUCCAAGGCGGAUAUUAA